AUGCAAACGGGGUACACUAUUGUCGUGCUUUUUGCACUUCUCGCCGUCGCCGCCUCAAUGUUCGUCCCAAACGAGUUCGCUGGUGAUGAAGAAUUCGGCCCAUCGAUCAUCAAGAGGAAUUACUAUGACCCCAAACCUCUUAAGCGUCAAUUCAACGCCGACGAUUUGACCCUCAGAUUUGGAAAACGCUCCGAUAUGGCAUUCCGGCCCGACCAGCUAUCGCUCCGUUUCGGAAGACGUUAA